AUGGACACGAAUAAGCAAGAGGCGUCAGGUGAGAACAAGAAGUCCAUGCAUGCGGCGCAGGGCACCGACAAGAAUAAGUACUGGACGCCAAGUCCUAAAGGACCACCUACAACUCCGCCAGCCAUUGAAAAGAAGAAGAGGAAGAGGCAAACAGAGCCCGACUCGCCUGAGGAUUGGAUGCCUGUGAUUGUGAAGCGCUACUAUUGGCACAAGCCCCGGUGGCCGCUUCUUCCGGUCCCAACGACACCUGAUCGCCGGCCCCCGGUCGUCGUGAAAACCUUGAAUCACGUCUUCCAGACGCUGGUGAAGAAGGUUUCUGACGAAGAGAGCAGCCAAGCAAAGGCGUUUCAUUUCUUGUUUUCGCAUGUGGGAUGCAGAGGGCUGGCGCAGCCUGAGAUUUCGCACCCCAAGUGGAACUCAUUCAAACGAGCUCUGGCAUCCACCAGUGGCCUAGAAUUUGACGUCUUGCGAUUGACUGUUAUCGCAAAUUAUUCACACGGUCCAUAUGCCGGAGGAGACCGUCUCGUGAUGAAACAAGAAAUGCUCGCUUCCUUUUUGCAGAAGCAAACGCCUGACUAUUUUGUAGACGUCGCUGCCGAGAUUUGCUUGGACCAGGAUGCCAGCAUGUGUGCAUCCGGCGAGGAAGCAGCCAUGAUGCUUGAGGACUUCAUGAGUGCAGAUGCGCUGAAGAACAGGGGACUGUUCCUGAAAAACAAAGUUUGGUUUGGCAUGAUAAAUGUCUUCCGUGACCUUCUGCAGAGUUGGACCCUGCACCGCGAAGCAGCGUGGGCCAUAUGUGCAGAGAGCGGACUUGACAUGGACGAGGAUUGCGCAGAGGAAGAUGAACAGAUGGAUCCACCUCAGAGAUGGACGCGCAGCGAGUUGUACAAAGCCUACAGUGGCCGAGGACCCCACAAAAUGAAUGCAGAGUUCUUGGCUGAUGUAGAUCUUCGGGCCACAGCGGCGCUCGUGGUUCACAUUACGGAUCCAUUGUGUCCCGUCGUCGACUGCGUGGGGCAACGCGCGUAUGCAUCCGACUUGAAGGCGCAGCAAGCCGGACCCGAGUCACAGAUGCUUUGGUUUUCCAGUCGGGCUGCUGGCAAGCACUUUCAGGUCGUCUUGGAUAUCCUUGGUGCGACGGCCUCGCCAGCGAUGUAUCGUGAAAUGAGGCUGGCUCCACCGUGCCAUCCGCCGAUGGAUCCCGAGGAUGCAUACUUGACGAGCGAUGUGGCAUUGUCGCAAAAGGCAUGGGAUUUCGCCGUGAAUCUGGCAUCGAACAUUUUGUGGGGACAGUUGCUGUACCGGUACACACUGCCGUUGGGUGCGGCUGGCCUCCUUGCUGAGACAAGCGAGGAGCGACAAGCAUGCCUGAUGCACUUGCGUGGUUUGGUCGAGGUAGUGGUUGAGGCAGAGGAGGUUGUGUGCAAGGGACCGCAUGCGGUUGCAGAUGUGCUCCAAGACUUAGCGUGGCCAACAGAAAUGCUGGCGCGAGAGACAAUGGUUCGACUUUGGCGUUCCAACUUUGACGAUGAGAGUUUGGAGGCCUUCGAAUUGCGGAGGCUUAUGCUUCGGUCAUUUUUGGGCCCAUCGAGCACAAAAGAAGUAUUGGAAUCUACUUUCUCCCACUUGCAUGACGUCAUUGGCAGACAUGCAAAGAACCAGAAAGCGUCCAAUGCAAGCAUGUACUUUUACACAAUUGCCUCCCCGUACAGCAAAAAGGACACAAGUGGCAUGGAACACCACCUUCCAGUGCAUCAGGAGUGGGUUAGAUGGCGUUCGUUUUUCGGCCGUGCUCGUCAGGAAUUCACGCAGCAGUACAACAAUAGCUUGAACGUGAACGCCACGCCCUUGCCACGUGGAUCCGAGAUUCCAGUCAGCGGAGCAGGAGUCAAGAAGACGAAAUGGAGGCUGGCAGGACCUUUGAGCCACUACCGCAGCUCGGCUGCACUCCUGUUUCUUCUCGAGGAUAAGGAGACCGGCUUCAGCAAUUGCCGCCAUGCGUGGGCUGCUUCACUGUUGAAGUGCGGGAAAUUCUUCUGGAAGAAGGACACCAGUUUUCAGAGUUCAAAUUCAACCGGUGCACAACCACAGCUAAACUCAUGUAACGUAUCACUUUCUACAACAAAAAUAGUGUUGUCGUUGUUGUUUCAGUUGUGCGCCAGGAUGAGGACAAGGUGA